AUGUCGUCAACCACUGCUACCAGUAUCAAACGAUCACCCUCUAGCACACCCACACUUGGCACUCCUCCCGACACUCCGAGAGUAGUCGCCGAGAAAGCUGUUACGAUCGACCUAUCAACGCGCGAACCAGAUAUUAAAAGAGAGCUCGAGCGGUGGGAGAACAUUGUUUUUUCAUUUGGCAUGGAGGGCAAUAAUAGGCGAUCAAGCAGUCAAGAACAUUCAGGAGGACGUCAGUCUACAAAUAAUCCUCCUUCACAUCAGCUACCAGAAGGAAAUAUCCACCCAAACAUAGGAGGCGUACCUGGCUUUUCAGUGCCAUGGGACAUUCACCCAUUCUUCCCCACCGCUCAGUACGGCCAGCAGUCACCGUAUGAUGUGUUAGGGCUCGGGGCAAUGAAUACUAUCCCUUCGAAUCCACAGACCACUGGUAUUCCAGCCCAGUCCCAGAUCCAACCCUUGACUCCGGCCGAAAUUGCGCAAUACCAUGCACUUUCAACAACCCAGGCCCCUCCCGAAGCGUCUGCCUCAUCCUCUGCGCCUCCAUCUCGAGUCUCUCCUGCUCGAGGCCGAUCGACCAGUAGCGCCGGAGAAGUCCAGCUGAGGACAAACGACGCCGGAAUACUGCUGCAUCACAUAGCGAGAUUCCGGGUCAAAAAGAAGCAACGUACGAUGGAGCUUGAAAAGCUGUUAUUGAGCUUGAAGGUCGAGCAGAUGAACUCGAGAAGGAAGCAGUCGAACUUCGAAGGGAGAAUGGCUGGCUCAAGGAGAUGUUAUGAAACUGCACAGGCAGCCAAGUCAAGUCCAGGUGCAGGUCCAAGCGGAUCAGGCAGUCAGAAUAAUUCCAAAGAUAACGAUAAGAGCGAUGACGAUGCAGACAGCGGCAAGGAGCCUGUAGCGUACGACCCGGAUGGUCCUCCAAUAUAUUCUCCGUUUAUUUAUCACGAGCUGGAAUCAAGCCGGAACAAAACAUGGGGUAUCAUGGAGGGGGCUGGGAAGUAA